AUGGCUCCCUUACCGGUAAUAAACCUCGAACCGAGCGAGGUGAAGGAGAUCUUCUGGACCAAAGUGAAAGAGCCUACAUCACAGCGGAAACUGAUCCUGGUGAUCGUUUCCAUCGCCCUGCUAUUGGACAAUAUGCUGUACAUGGUGAUCGUGCCCAUCAUUCCGGAUUAUCUGCGCUAUAUUGGCACGUGGGGUCCAGAAGAGGCUUAUAACGCGAGUGCACCGACAACAGUGUUCACACCACACCCACAUGCUCAUCACGGCCAGGAUUCGGCAACCGGCGUACUGUUUGCAUCAAAAGCGAUCGUUCAACUGAUGGUGAAUCCUUUUUCUGGAGCACUGAUCGAUCGAAUCGGGUACGACAUUCCGAUGAUGAUCGGAUUGAUCAUUAUGUUCCUCUCGACGAUGGUGUUUGCCUGCGGUCGUAGCUACAGCAUGCUGUUCUUCGCCCGCUCUCUGCAAGGAGUUGGAUCCGCAUUUGCCGACACUGCCGGGUUAGCAAUGAUAGCCGACCGAUUUACGGAAGAAGCGGAACGAUCGAAAGCUCUUGGAAUCGCGCUAGCUUUCAUCAGCUUCGGUUGCUUAGUUGCACCUCCAUUUGGCGGAGCUCUGUACCAAUUCGCCGGCAAGGAAAUGCCAUUCGUGAUCCUUGCGUUGAUCUCGCUGAUGGAUGGGUUUAUGCUAUUGCUUGUGAUGAAACCGAUAAAAGAGACGCUAGCCGAUAGGCAAGAAGUUCGACAGGAAACCGUUCCCAUUUGGCGACUGCUGCUUGAUCCAUACAUUGCCGUUUGCGCUGGAGCUCUGACCAUGUCGAACGUUGCACUAGCUUUUCUUGAGCCAACGAUAUCACUUUGGAUGGAGGAUAACCUAACGAACGAUAAUUGGAAGAUCGGAAUGGUAUGGCUGCCAGCUUUCUUCCCGCAUGUUUUUGGUGUUGUGAUUACCGUGAAAAUGGCACGUCUAUACCCCGAGAAGCAAUGGAUUAUGGCAGCCGGUGGGCUCGCACUAGAAGGACUCUGCUGCUUCAUACUACCCUUCAGCAGCUCGUAUAUCAUACUGAUGAUUCCCAUCUGCGGCAUAUGUUUUGGGAUAGCAUUAAUCGAUACGGCGUUACUUCCAACACUCGGUUAUUUGGUGGACGUGCGGUAUGUUUCCGUCUAUGGCAGUAUCUACGCCAUUGCUGACAUAUCCUACUCGAUAGCGUACGCCGUUGGACCAAUUAUCGCGGGCGGAGUAGUCGAAGCAAUUGGGUUCACCGCUCUCAACUUCGGUAUUGCCUUCAGCAACCUGCUCUAUGCGCCGGUUCUUAUGUAUCUACGCAACAUUUACGACUUUAAACAUUUCGAAAACGAAGCUAACAUACUGAUGGGCGAUCCGCCUACCAAGGAGUAUCAAACAUACACGAUGCACGACCAGCAGGCGGUUGGCAUGGAACAUAAGAAUCACCUAGAAUACGGAAGACAGUACGACGAUAGUGGUUAUCAACAGCAACAGGAAACCAACAUCGACCAAGGCGGAGGAUACUCGCAAAACGGCAGCUACGACCAAUAUCAGAACGAAGGCGGUUACCAAAACUAUCAACCCGGCUAUCAAGAACAGGGCGGAGCCUACCAGCAACAACAGCCACAACAACAAGCGCCGCGACAUCUUCCACAGCAACCACAGGUAGCCAAUCCUUUCCGGCAGCAGGAACUGCAGCAGCAGCAACAGCAACAGCGGGCUCCGGCACCUUCUCAACCACGGAUCUCGAAUCCGUUUAGACAAGGAUUUUAA